CUCGGCUGGUCAACACCGCCCUGUCUCGUGAAUGCAGUUCUAUUCGUAGUCCCAACAAAAGAAGAAAAACAUGUUUGCUACCGUAUUGACUUUCACCACGAUCGUAUUGAUUACUGUGUACUACCAAUACCGAUGGUCGCGCAGGCGUUUGUAUGAGUUGGCUUUUAAGUUACCGGGUCCUUUCGAUCUGCCAAUAAUCGGUAGUAUACAUCUGGGCUUCCGACGAGGACCAACGGAAAUUUUAAACUACUUGAUCCAGUUCCUGCACACCGUGAAAACCCCGAUGCGAGCAUGGGUGGGUCCUUUCCUAUUCGUCGCCGUGGAUCAACCUGAACAUUUAGCGGUAGUUAUGAACUCCCCACACUGUGUCAAACGUUCGUAUGUGUAUAAAUUUUUCGGAAUCGAGAAAGGACUUUUCAACGCGCCACCAGAGUUGUGGCGAAAACUACGCAAACAGCUGAAUCCGUCAUUUUCUGUAGCCAACACCAAAAAUUUCGUGCCCACAUUUAACGAAAAAGCAGACAAAUUAGUGUCGAGUUUGCAGUGCAAAGUUGGGCCGGUAAUGUUUGAUAUGAUUCACAUGGCCGGUGAUUAUUCUCUGUCCUCAUCGAUGGUCAACUCACUUGGAAUAGACUUGGAUAACGAUAACAGUGACUAUAAGAAACGCUAUCUCCAGAAUGCCGAAAGAAUGUUUACAUUGAUGUGGACCAGAAUCUAUAAAGCGUGGCUUCAUCCAGAUUUUAUCUACAAACUGACAAGCGGAUACAAGGAGGAGAAAGAAUGCUACAAAAUGUUUCAAGAAAUGUCACGAAAAGUAUUUGAAAUGCGAAAAGCGGAGAGACUGAAAAACCUUGAAAUGUCAACCGUCAGCCCUAACCGAGACGAGGACAAUGUUCGUCGUAAUCAAAUUUUCAUACAAAAUCUGGAGCAGAUUGCUGCAGAGACAGACAUUUUAGACGAGGAAGGUGUGAUACAAAAUCUGGACACAUUUAUAUUUGCCAGUAACGAUACAACAGCAUCCGCCAUAUCUACGACGCUGCUACUGCUAGCGAUGCAUCCCGAGGUUCAGGAGCGCCUCUAUCAGGAAAUAACAGAAGCACUCCCGCGCGAUUACAUCGAUUAUGAGGAUUUAUCGAAACUUGUUUACUUGGAGAUGGUUAUCAAAGAGUCGAUGCGUUUGAUUCCAGCGGGUGCCGCCAUAGCACGUGUGUGCGAGAAAGAAAUUCAAGUCGGAGGAUAUACAAUUCCUGCCAACUCACAGAUAGUGAUCCCGAUAUUAAAGGUGCAUCGUGACAAAAACAUUUGGGGUGAACGAUCGGAGCAGUUUGAUCCGGAGCAUUUCUCGCCGGAGAACUGCGCAAAGCGACAUCCAUACGCGUUUCUAGGCUUCAGUGCGGGUAUACGGAAUUGCAUAGGCGUAAAAUAUUCGCUCGUAAAUUUAAAAAUCGUGCUGGCAAAACUAGUGAAAAACUAUCGCUUCUCCACCGACCUUAAACUCGCAGAUCUCAAGUUUGUAGCAUCAAUUGUAAUGAAAAUUGCAAACGGUUAUAUGAUACGCAUCGAGCAGCGAACUGGAAAAGUAUCUCACACUUAACUCGUUAAUACCCGUUAUUGUAAUUAGCAGAUGUAGAUGCAAUUACCGGCGGGCGGAGUGUGCGUUUAUGCAACAACACGCUCACUCAUUUAACACCGGAAAUGAAGAACAAAUGUUGCGUAAUAGCCUUGCAUGCUAUUGAUGGUGAGAUUGUAGAUAACAAUAUUUGCACUAACUAAUGGAUCAUGUAAAUUGAUAACUAGCAUGAAUAAAAUGUACAGUUCAUAUUAGGAAUACUAAUUGAUUCGCAUACAAAGCUUUUACUUGAAAGCUCCGGCCGGUAUACUAAUUGCCGAGUGAAUUGUAACUGAAAGGCCAAAUCGCUCCCCAAUGACAAGCGGGUGCUUUGAAAUACACCACUCUCCUAAGAGAGACUACUCGUCGAAGCUUGAUUGCCUAGCCAAGGGAAGAUUCUUUUCAUCCCGUUUCGGAAGGGAAGUUUUAAACGAUUCGAUAUACUCCACGAGACACGUCGGAUGACUUUACUUACGCGGUAACCUGGGGCUAUUCAACAACGGGAUUUGAAUUUGAAUGGAUUUGAAAAGUUGGAUGAAGCAUAAAGUUGUCGUCUUCCGGUUUUGUGUUCCGCCGGGCAACCGUGGGAGCUGACAUUGGUGUCGUAGGGGAUGAGUAGUACGAAUCAAUCAGAAGUAAUUUGACUGUUCCAUUUUCUACCGCCUUUGGGCAAGAUUCAGGUUCUUGUCUCCAACUCUUUACACGCUCAAAAUAGAUUCGCGCCUAAACCUUAAAUGGAGUAGCUAUCUAAGGGUCUAUCUAUGGGAUCUAUGGGCUUUAAAACGCACAGAACUUUUCGUUCGGCAAAGUCCCACAGAAUAGAGAGAAAAAAAGGGUCAAUCUACUUUUCGAUCAAACCAGUGGUUGCUUGCACAGCAAGCGAAAGUAUGGGGACUCGUUGCUGGGGUUGAAUGUUUUGCCAAUUAUUUGAUUACUCGCCCUGAACCUGUUGCAGUAA